AUGGCAGACACCGAGAGCCUGAGUCUCUUCUCCUUGAACAAAGUAACCACAGGGGCUGGGCUUGAGUGCAAGUUCUGGGGAGAGCUGCAGGUCUGCACCCGUGCAGAGGCAGGGCCCAACCUGGUCCAGGAGGACACCACUGCCAGUGCUGAAGACCCCUCCUCUUCCUCUAUCAGACCUCACCUGCUGACCCCAGGACCACCCACAGCCUCCUUCAGUGCCCUAAUGAGAGAGCCUAACCAGCGCAAGCUGGGGGGCAGGGGAACCCCCGUUGAAAUCAGCCCCCUGACCACAGAAGUGGGCUCCCAGACAGUGCCCACCUCCCAGAAUUACACGGUGGUAAACUUUGUCCGCAUGGGCCUGGCAGGUGUGGUCCUGCUGAUCCUGGUGGUGAUUCUGGCAAAAGCUUGGCACAAGACUCUGCUCAAACCCAUCAUCUGGGCGGAACCCAGCUCUGUCGUCACUCACGGGAGGCCCGUGAGCAUCUGGUGUCAGGGAUCUCAGAAAGCCAGGCAGUACUACCUGUACCAAGAGGGGGUCAGGGAGCCCUCGAGAAGUGAGUUUCCACUGGGACCCGGCGACAAGGUCAAGUUCUCCAUCUUGCACAUGACCGACCACCUUGCUGGGAGCUACCACUGCUCGUAUCGCAGCAGAAAAAGCUGGUCGGUUCCCAGCGAGACUCUGGACUUGGUGGUCACAGGAAUGUUCAACAGACCCACCCUCUCAGCCCUGCCGAGCCCUGUGGUGACCUCAGGAGACAGUGUGACCCUCCAGUGUGGCUCACAGCAGGGAUUUGACAGGUUCAUUCUGUGUGACGAAAGAGGAGAACACAACCCUGGACGCCUGAACUCACAGCGCCAAGCUGACGGGUGGUCCCAGGUCCUCUCCACUGUGGGUCCUGUGAGCCCAGGUCACAGGUGGGCGUACAGGUGCUACGGUUAUUUCUCGACUUCUCCCUAUGUGUGGUCUUCCUCCAGCGACAUCCUGGAGCUCCUGAUCUCAGGUGUGUCUAGGAAACCGUUCCUCUCGGGUCUGCCAGGUCCUGUGGUGGGCCCUGGAGAGACAUUGACCCUCCACUGUUGCUCUGAUGUCGGCUAUGACAGAUUCGCUCUCUUCAAGGAGUGGGGACAUGACCUCCCCCAGGCCCGUGGCCAGUGGCCCCAGGCUGGGCUCCCUCAGGCCGACUUCCCCCUGGGCCAUGUAAGCAGUUCCCACGGGGGCUGGUACAGAUGCUAUGGGAGACACAACCUCUCCUCGGAGUGGUCAGCCCCCAGUGACCCGGACAUCCUGGUGGCAGGCGAGGAGCCUCACCCCAACCCACACUUCUCUCCCACUCUGUCAGCCCACCCAGGCCCCACCGUGGCCCCAGGAGGGAACGUGACACUGCGGUGUCAGACCAGGAGGUUGUUUGACACGUUCUAUCUGUCCAAGAAAGGGAAAACCUGUCCCCCACUGUACCUCAGGUCUCAGUACCAAGAUGGGAAGUUUCAGGCAAGCUUUCUCAUGAACCCUGUGACCCUGGACCACGGGGGGACUUAUAGGUGCUACGGGUCACUCAACAGCGCUCCCUUCCUGUUGUCACAUCCCAGUGACCCCUUGGAGCUCGUAGUCACAGGGCCUCCUAUUCCUGUCACCCCCUCAGUGCAGACCCAAGACCCCACGAGUGGCCCCCAACUCCCAGAUUACACAGUGGAGAAUCUCAUCCGCUUGGUGUCCUGCUGGGUACUGUGGUUUCCUCCAUCUGCACAGCUGGGGCCACAGGGAGGAGAUACCAUGACCCUCACGGCUCUGCUCUGCCUGGGGCUGAGUGUGGGCCAGUGGACCCAAGUGCAGGCAGGGACCCUCCCCAAACCCACCAUCUGGGCUGAGCCAGGCUCUGUGAUCCUCACGGGGAGGCCCAUCACCAUCUGGUGUCAGGGGACCCUGGAGGCCCAGGAGUACCGUCUGGAUAAAGAGGGAAGCGCAUCACCCUGGGACAGACAGAGCCCGCUGGAGACCAGGGACAAGGCCAAGUUCUCCAUCUCAUCCAUGACAUGGGAAUAUGCAGGGCGAUAUCAUUGUUACUAUCUCAGCCCCUCUGGCUUGUCAGAGCACAGUGACCCCCUGGAGCUGGUGAUGACAGGAGCCUACAACAAACCCUCCCUCUCAGCCCUGCCAAGCCCUGUGGUGACCUCAGGAGGGAACGUGACCCUCCAGUGUGACUCAUGGUGGGGAUCUGACAGAUUCAUUCUGACUAAGGAAGGAGAACACCAGCCCUCCUGGAUCCUGGACUCGCAGCCAGAACUUGAUGGGCAAUCCCAGGCCCUGUUCACUGUGGGCCCCAUGACCCCCAACCACAGGUGGAUAUUCAGAUGCUAUGGCUGUAACAGGAACUACCCCCAGGUGUGGUCAAACCCCAGUGAUCCCGUGGAGCUCAUGGUCCCAGGACCCUCUGGGGACCCCACCCCCCCACCCACAGAACACAACUUAAUGGCUGGAGACUCUGAGGACCAACUGCUCCACACAGAGUCAGGCGCCACGAGUGGUCUCACCUGGUACCUGAAGGUUCUGAUCGGCGUUUUGGUGGCCUUCGUCCUGCUGCUCUCCCUCCUCCUCUUCCUCCUCAUCCGACACCGGCAUCAGGGCAAACGAAAGAUGUCAGCCCAGAGACGGGCUGAUCUCCAAAUUCCUGCAGGGGCUGCAGACCCACAGCCCAAGGACAGAGGCCUGCAGAUCAGCUCCAGCCCAGCUGCAGACGCCCAGGAAGAGACCCUCUAUGCUGCCGUGAAGGACACACAGCCUGAGGAGGGGGUGCAGCUGCACCAUCAGCAGGGCACUCAUGAUGAAGACAACAAGAGAGUAAAGUAUGCCCAGGCUGCUAUAUCUGAAGCCCCCCAGGACGUGACCUACGCCCAGCUGAACCACUUGACCCUCAGACGGGAGAUGACAUCCCCUUCCUCCCAGUCAGAGGAGCCCCCAGCAGAGCCCAGUGUGUACGCUGCUCUGGCCAUCCACUAGCCCAGCAAGGACCUGGAUGCCACCCUCCAUGGAGGGAGACUGCAGGGACCCCAGAAGACAUAGGAGCUGCCUCCAGAGGACACUCAGCUAAUGACCCCCAGCCAGCCUGGACUCCUAACAUGGACCACCAGGAGCUUCUGGGACUUUUGGGGAGUCACCUGAUUCUGCAAUCAAAGAUAACUGAUAUCCCCACAUUUUGGAAAUAAAGCAACAGACUUCUCAGUAAUGCAUGAGUGAAAUGAGAAAUCCAAAACAGAAGUGAGAGAACGUUUUAAAUAGGGUGAUAAUGUAAAUAUUAUACAAUCAAACCUAUGAAAUGGGAAAAUUAAGAACCAUGAAUGAAUAUCUUGGAAAAGAAAAGCCUUAAAAAAAUCAAUGACCUAAGAUAUUACACCAAGAAUUAAGAUAAAGAAGAGCAAGUUAAUCUAAAUGAAGGUAGAAGGAGGAAAUAAUAAGACCAGCUCGUAAUGAGGACAAAGAAAAAAUAGAGAAAAAUCAAUAAAGCCAAAAAAUUUCAUCCUAGGCAAAGUUAGUCAAACUUACCAAAUGUAGUCACAAUGACCGAUAUAGAAAGAGAGAAGGCACGUAUUUCCAAUAUAAGGAAUGAAACUGCAGACAGCACUACAAAUCCUAUAGACUUUAAAAAUAGAGUAACCAGAAGGGGCUGGCCCCGUGGCCGAGUGGUUAAGUUCGCGCGCUCCGCUGCAGGCGGCCCAGUGUUUCGUUGGUUCGAAUCCUGGGUGCUCAUCAAACCACGCUGAGGCAGCAUCCUACAUGCCACAACUAGAAGGACCCACAAUGAAGAAUAUACAACUAUGUACCGGGGGGCUUUGGGAAGACAAAGGAAAAAAAUAAAAUCUUUAAUAAAUAUAUAUAUAGUAACAGAAUGUUAAAAACAAUUUGAUGCCAGU